UAUGUUGAAUACAGAAUCAUUUCCCUUCUCUGUUGCUUUGCUUUGUUACCGUUGACAUGGCAACAUUACGUUUGCAAAAGAGGCCAAUGUUGUUGAUUGGUGUGUGUUCAAGGAGGAAGAAGAGAUAAAUUGUUAUCGUUAAAUCUCAACAAAAUGCCAAAGAAAAUUAAGAAGCAGAAGUCAAAGUCUAAAGGAAAAACAAAGGGGAAAAAAGGGUCUAAAGCAAGCAGUAAAGAUGACAAAGAGUCCGUUCUCAAAAAUGCAGUUGCAAAUGCUCGUUUAUGGGAGGGAAAAUUGUAUAGUACAGAAAGAGCAAAGCAAGAAUACAGAGAAAAUGCAAAAAAACUGUUGUAUGAAAAUGAGGGGCUACAAAACCAAAUGGCACAGAUUGAAAGAGAUACAGUAGAUGUUAUAUCUUUUCUUAAGAAAGAAGAUAUGAAGAAGGAUGAUCAAGUUGAUAAAUUACAACAAAUAAUCAAAGAUCUGAAGCGAGAUUUUAGAAAAGAAAAACAAACUUUGAUUGAUCAAUAUACACAGAAGAUACAUACUUUGCAAGAGCAGCUUGCUGAAAAGACAAAUGAGGUCAAGCUCAUGCAAUCUGAAUUGAAGAUGGUUAAAGAAUUCAGGAGGAAACGAGCUCAGAUGCAGAAAGAGCUUGAUGAGAUAAAAGAUUCCUUGUUUCAUAGUGAAAAGCAGCACAAAGAAACCUUGUCAUUAAUGGAGCAUAAAUUUUUCGAAGAAAAGAUGAGACUUCAGCAAGAAGCAGGUAAAAAGAUAUCAGAAUUAGCAGAGCAAGCUCAUGCUGAGGCUGUUAGCAAUCUAGAUGAAACCACAAGAGCUGUUUACAAAGAAAACAUAAGGCUCAAUGAAGCUCUAGCAUAUCAUUUAAAGGAGACAGAAAAUCUUGAAAAGACAAAAGACAUGCUAGAAAAGAAAAACAAAACUCUAAUGGGAGAAGAGGAGUUAAAUAGUCUCGUAGUACAAGAGAAAGUUGUGCAAACCAAACAGUUACAAAAACGGAACAAAGAGCUAACAGAAAAAGUGGCAGGUCUUGAGAAGGCACUUAGUCACAUGGUGAGAGAGUUUGAAGAAGAACGAGGAAUCAUUGUGCAAGAUUCAUCGAAGAACUUGGAGCAAAGCAAAAUGGAAGUUGCGAGGCUUCAAAGAACCGUUGAACUGAAGACAAAAGAAAUGAACCGAGUGAAAAAACUUGCGAAAAAUAUCUUAGAUCAGAGAUGCGAAAUAGAGCAGUUCUUUUUGGAUUCGUUGGAACAUGUAAAAAAUGAGAUCGUCAAAAACAGAAAUCAGUACAAGAAAGAAGCCCAGAUCAUGUAUCGAAGCAAAAUGCUUGCAGCUCAUGCUGGAGAGGCCGACUAUCCGAAAGUCAGAACAUUUUUGCCUCUGGGCGCCAGUACAAAUAGUGUUUUUGACGAUAUGAAAGAGGCUGAGAAAUGGAUCGGAAUCGAAGGCAAAGUUGACAUAAAGGAGCUUACUUGGGAGCAGAGAGAGAGGGUUCUCCGAAUGUUAUUUGCUAAGAUAAAUGGCCUUCAAAAUGAAAGGCGGAAGCAGCAAGUCUCAGAGCGGUUUGCCAUCGAGGGACCCACCAAACCAGACGUUCUGAAGCUAGAUUCCAAAGGAAAUACCGUUACUGACGGGUUUUCCAGUACAUUUAUAACACAGAAUAAAGUCGAUGAACCGGGAAGCAGUGAAAAAAAGCAUUCAGAGCCGAUAGAGUUGCCAGCUUUAAGCUAACUUUGCAUGCAAUUAUCUAUGUAUGAAAGCCAAUGUCAUGUAAAAUAUUUCACUUUUGUGGUUGUAUAGCAAAGUUUUAAUAAAAAAAUUACCCAUUAAACUGUUCAAUGUAUGUCUAUUUUUGCUUCUAAAUUUAUUUGCCUUAUACAUAACCUUCUAGAGGGGGGUACCAGGUAUUUCGGUGUGAUUGCAUGAUCAGCGUUUUUUCGAUGCGCGAAUUCAUGAAAAAAAGUUUUUAUUAUCCGUGAAUAGACAUUCGCGUGUGACCUGUGAAUUGGCGUUAGUCAUGGCGUAAUUGCGUGAAAAUUAUUGCUGCAAGAAAAUUUGUGCCGCUUGAUAACAACAGAAAGUCUUGGUUUCCGGUACGGAACCAGAGAAAGGUCUCAGAGAUUCCAAUGCCCACCAACAAGGAGCUUUAUGCAGAAUAUUAGUAGAAAAACGGGCCGGCAAUAGUACAUAUGUGUGAAUGAAGAAAAGGCCACUGUAGCAGGCUGCUCGACGGGCUCGAAGGAGUUCUUGCGGCGAAAAGUCGAUAAAAAUGUAGCAAAUAUGAAACACCGCAAUACGCCGAG